GUCACAUAUAACUUCAAAGCAGCUGCAUCGGAAUGUCGCGCCUCCGUGGAUUAGGAUGGCUUGCUGUGCUGCUGUCUUGCCUGCUGCAAUUGCAAACUGUCGCAGCCAUGAAAGUGUCGCUGUUCGGCGAUGGCUAUGUUUCGAUGCCCCUCCAGGAGGCCAAGAUGUCAACGAACAUUCGCGUCAAGUUUCGCACCAGGCAGGAGAACGCCUUCCUCUUUCUGGCCGCCGGUCGGACCGAUUACUGCCUGCUGCGCCUGGAGAACGGGAUCAUUAGUUUCAGCUAUAAAAUCGAACGGGAUGUGGUUCAGCUGCGUUCACCCAAAAAGCAAAAGCUCAACGACUUGGAGUGGCACGACGUGGCGGUCCAGAGAUUCGAGAACAACAUCACUCUACAGGUGGAUGGGUACAUAAUGCGCAAGCAGCUGCCGGGCCAGCUCUCUGCCCUCAAUAUUCACUUUGGAACGUUUCUGGGUGGCGUGGGGGACUUUUCGGCCGAGUUCUUGGAUGAUGUGAUCGGUUUCCGGGGAUGCAUAUCGGAUGUCUUCUAUAACAACAUCAACAUCAUCAAGCGGGCCAAGGACCGCACCAGCCACACCACCAGCAAAGGAGUGUCGUGGUCCUGCAGCACUGAGUUUGACGGUUCCACCAAGGACAACAUUAGCUUCCUGAGCAACGAUUCUUACUCCCUAAUGCACAAGGAGUCGCAUGCCACAGGCGAAUCUCUUAGUCUCCAAUUCCGCACGAUGGCCAGUGCCGGAAUUAUCUUCUUCAACGGCGGCUUCGACUUUAUGCUGCUGGAAAUCGAGGACCAGCGCUUGAAGGUGACCUUUAACAAGGCCGGCAGCCUGGUACAGUUCAUGACAAAUGAGUCCAUCUCCGACGGCAAAUGGCACCGCGUUCUUCUCAGCUACAAUGCCGCCAUGGCGGAACUGUUCCUCGACGAGGCCCCGGUGGCCUAUCGGGGAGAGCAUGGCGAGGAGUCCAAGGAAAGCAUAAAUCUCGAGAAGAGCGUCUUCUUUGGCGGCGUCCAGGAGGAGAUGCGUCGCCGGCUCAUCGGGAAAGGUCUGAGGAUAAACGAAAUCAGUUUCAAGGGCUGCAUGCGAGACAUCCAGGUGAACGAUUUGCCCUUGGGCUUCCCCGAGAUGACCGUCUCGCGCCACCUGGCCCUCAACUGCCUGUGGAAGUACCCCUGUGUGGAGUACAAUCCCUGCCUGAAGAGCGGAGUGUGCAGCCAGCACGGAGUGGACGAGUUCAUCUGCUACUGCGACCAGUCCUACUGCAUCAAAGCCGAUUUUCAGGGGCCUUUUAAGAUCUUCACCGAAACCAGCCCCGAACUGGAACUGCUCUAUGUGUCGCCCAUGCAGCUUCUGGAAGGGGGAACGGCUUUCCUGUCCCCCAGUUUCAUAGACGUAAUCCUCGAUCUGCGUCGCUAUCCUAGUCUGAGCGAACAAUCCAUUGUUUUCAACGUUGUCCAUCAGCCGAAAUACGGGCAGCUUCUGCAGUACUCUCCUGAAAAAUCCAACUUCGUGCCUUGUCGAACCUUCAGCUUGGUUGAUUUGGCGACCGAUAAACUGAAGUAUGUCCACAACGGUCAAGAAAACUUUAACGACCAUGCCACACUGGAUAUGCAAGUCUUUGGAGAUGUGCACAAGAUACCAGGGAACAUUUUGGGCAAGCAUCGGUUCCUGCUACACGCGAAUAUGACACCCGUUAACGACCCUCCUCAGUUGAAACUGCACUCGCAUAAAAUCCUGAGGGUAAUCGAGGGCAUAGAAAGGGUUCUGGACGUGGACCUUUUCAACAUUGAUGAUCCGGACAGCGAGCCGGCCAAUUUGAUAUACACAAUAUUGUCUCCUCCGAGUCCACAAGAGAAAUAUGGCUGUUUUAUGGUUGGCGGAGGAGCCACCUCCACCUUCUCCCAAGCCGAGGUUAAUCUAGGAAAAGUUUCUUAUCUUUACAACUCCACCACCGCAGAGUCCUUCAGCUAUCAGAUACAGAUACAAGUUUCGGACGGCAUUGAGACGAGUGAGACCGUCUACCUGCCGGUUUCAGUGCAUCCCCUGGAGCUGCGGCUGGUGAACAACACCGGGCUGAUCAUGAUCCACAAGAGCUCCCUGUUGCUGAGUCCAGCAAACCUGUCCAUAGGCACAAAUGCGGUGGACGAGCACAUCGACAUCAGGUACGACGUUGUAAAGGCCCCGCAGCAUGGAGUUCUCCAAAGACUGCGCCAGAUCGAUGGCUCCUGGGUGAACGUGGACUGGUUCAGCGAUAGCCAGCUGCUCCUCGGCCACAUUCGCUAUCUGCACAGCAGCGAUUUCCCUUGGCAAGAUGAAUUCAAGUUUAUUGCCUCGUUUGGGUUUGUAACCACGCAAACGUUCGACUUCCGCAUCACGUUUACGCGCCUGCGCAUAACGAGCACCCGUCCCGGCCAGAUAACCAUCAAUGGGGGCCGGGAGAUCCUGCUGACCAGCGAGGUGCUCUCAUAUGAGACCACGCCCAUCGGGAGCUUUCCGCGCAGCGUGAUCUAUAAGAUAACGAGGCCCACUCGCUACGGGGGAAUCUACGUGGAAGGAUCCCGGAAGGCGGCGAAGCAGCUGGACUCCUUCACCCAACAGGACAUCGAAAAGCGGCGCAUCCGCUACCAGACGCACCACACCAGCUACUCUAGCUUCAGCGAUCGAUUGGAGUUCGUAGUUUCCGUGGCGGAGUGCGACGAUGUGACGGGAGUGCUGGAGAUCAAUUACCGGCCCCCCGAAGAGCUUAUCAGUAAGCUGGGCUACCAGAGCCAGGAGGUUCUGCGGGUGCAAGAGGGCGAACGCGCUCUGAUAACCAAGAACCACUUUCCUAUCCGGUUCAACAUCUACGAGAGCCUCCAGUUCCAGGUCUCUGCGGCUCCGGAGCACGGUGUGGUCUGCAAGUAUGAUGAGCAAACGGGACUGACCACGCCUGUAGAAAUGUUUUCUUUGGAGCAGCUGUUCCGCAACGACAUGUACUAUUGCCACGACGACACCGAGUCCACCAGGGACCACUUUGAAUUGCUGGUGCUUUCCGGCGAUGAGACCGACUUGCAGUUCGUCUCCAAUAUGGACGUGCACAUCAAGUUGGUAAACGACAACGAACCCUACCGCACGGCCAUGGAGCGGGUGUUCCAUGUGGUGCGAAACGGCAUAAGGACCCUCAAUCCCGUAGUGCUUCAGUACCUCGACGCGGACGUCAACACCAAUCAGACGGACAUCCACUACAUCCAUAUAUCCAGUACGAAUGGGGCUUUCUACAAGUCUGGCGUCUACAUCAACAGCUUCACCCAGGACGACAUUGCCAACAGGAGGAUAAUGUUCCAGCACACUGGGCCGGACUCGGGAGCAGCCUCGUUUAUAGUCACCGAUCGGAAGCACGAGGUCAGCGGCUUGCUGGAGAUCCGGGCCUCGGAUCCCUUUGUGUCCAUGUUGGGCACCAAUGCCUCCAUCGUGCAGGAGGGAAAGUUUGUGGUCCUCAAGAACACGGACUUCAUUCUAGAGACUAACUUGGACAUGAAACUAGACGAGAUAUACUACGAGGUGAUAAAGCCUCCGUCGUACGGCAUUCUCAUGUACCUGAGCAGCGCGAACGAGGGCGAGAACGGUACCACGAUCUACAAGGCCACCAAUUACACCUCCCUGAGCAACUUUACGCAUCUGGACAUCGAAAGGGAGCGACUGGUUUACUGGAACACGGAAAUCGCUUCGAUGGACAAAGUCAGGUAUCGCGUACAUAUCAAGAACAUAACAGCCGAGGGAGAGGUCAUGUUCAGGAUAUAUCCCUCCGCUUACUGGGAGCCCCUGCAGGUCAAGCAGAAUCACACACUCUACGUGGAGGAGUCCACCAGUGUGCUCAUCUCCAGGGAUGUCUUAGAGGUGGUCCAUCCCAAUAUUUCCCCGGGCGACAUUAACUUCCUGGUGACCUCUUCACCCAUAAACGGCUACCUGGAAAUGCAGUCCACGACCUUCGAUGACGAGUACAACUGCAAGGUGUUUGAUCAGGCCUCCGUGAACACCGAGAAGCUAUUCUACAUCCAGGCAGGCGUGAACCAAUCCACGGAUUACUUUGUGUUCGAUGUCACAAACGGGAUCACCUGGCUGAGACAGUUGACCCUGAAGAUCGUGAUCAUUCCCGAAAAGCUGUACAUGCACUCAAAUAUUGUGUCCGUGGUCGAGGGGAAGACUGUGCAGCUCAGUUCCACGGACAUGCAACCCUAUUCGGAGUACUAUCGGGGCAAGAUACUGGAGUACAUAGUGACGAUUGCAUCCACAUCUGGACACAUUCAGGCCGGGAACUCCAAAGUUAAGAGAUUCACCCAAAAGCAGCUGGAACAGGGCAGCAUUCAGUACGUCCACAAUGGCAGCGAGAAUGCUACGGACACCAUCACUCUGGUGGCCAUGGCCAGGAAUAAGGAGAGUGUGCCCUUUGAGCUGGAGUUCUCGGUGAUUCCCGUCAACGAUGAGGAGCCAAUGAUGGUCACCAAUACGGGUCUGCAGGUGUGGAACGGCGGGCGAUACGUCAUCAAGAAUACGGACUUGUUGGCCCAAGACUACGACACUUCUCCGGAGAAUCUCACCUACGUGGUGCAUCACAUCUAUGGCGGCUACUUGGCCCAGAAGUCCGCACCUCAGCGCAAGAUAGAGCAGUUUACCCAGGCGCAAAUAAACACCGAACAGAUAUACUUCAUGCACGAUUCGAAUUCCCGCAGAAACGAACUCUCUUUCGUGGUCACCGACGGCCUCUUCAACACCACCACCCAGAUGCUCAACAUCGAAAUCAAGCCCAUCGAAAUCCUGGGCGAGCGCAACGAGAACCUGCAUGUUUUCCCCCUGACGAAGAAGCAGAUCCUGCGCGACCAUUUGCACUUCAAGUGCUCCGACGAGGAGCGGGAGAUACGAUACAACAUCACUGUGCCCCCCAGUCUGGGACGGAUAGUGAACGAGUUUCUGGACAAUGGGUUCAACCGGGAAGUCAGCGAGUUCACACAGUCCGAUGUGGACAACGGGUACAUAUUCUACGAGCACACCGCCGUCAUAAUGGAGUUCCGCAUAAACGACUCCUUCUACUUCGAUGUGGUGGCCGAGCGAAGUGAUCGUCUGCUGGACCAAAAGUUCAACAUCGAAAUAUCGGUUUCCUCGGGAGGGUUGCUGCGCUUCCUGCCGGUGAACAAGAUCACGGUGGAUGAAGGUGGCUCUGUGCCGAUCGUAUUGGAUUUCUCCAAGAUCCUGGACUACCUUAAAACCAAGGCGGGCAUAAGUAACCCCGAAUUGUUUAUCGAGCCGGUGCAAAAACCCACACAUGGUAGCAUAGGAUUAGUUCCCGAUUUUAAGGGCGUCCAGCGUUAUCACUCAAGUGAUUUUUUCACCAAGAAGGUCUACUACAUACACGACCACUCGGACACCCUGGAGGAUACCAUUCUCAUGUCGGUCUACCUGACGCAGGGGAACAUCUUCCUCUGCAAUUUGACGAUUCCCGUCUCGAUCAACCCCAUCAACGAUCAACCCUUCCGUCUGAUAACCCACCUGCCCCAGAUGACUGUUGUCGAGGGCGAGAACCGCACCAUUACACGCAACGAUUUGCUCACCGAGGACGCUGACACCCCGCCGGAGGAGAUCAUUUACGAUGUGAUGAGUGGCCCGACUCUGGGCGUCCUCAAGAAGAUGAAAAACGACGGCCAGGCCGAGGAGCUGCUUGCUUUCUCCAACCAGUUCACCCAGGCGGACAUAAACAACGACCGCAUCGUGUACGUUCACUUUGGCAAUCCACAAUCCACCACAUUCUGCUUCACUGUAUCGGACGGACAGGCUAACGCGGCCUACGAGAUAUUCACCAUUAAAAUCGCCCCCAUCAGCCUGCUACCUUCAGCCUCUCAAGUUCCCGUAAAGAUACAGCAGGGCGCCACGACUGCCCCCAUGAGGCUAGAGCACAUUGGCCUCACCACGAAUGUACAGGUGGAAAGGCUGUCGUACAAUGUCACCAACUCGCCGAUCUACGGCAUUAUGGUGUUCAACAAUCAGCCCACUCUGAGAUUCACCCAACAGCAGCUGGAAUCCGGCCAGAUUAGCUUCAUGCAGACGGACCAGAAUCGAUCCAACGACACUUUCCAAGUGAGUGCGUACGUCCCGGGCACCAACUACGCCGCCCAAGUCGACAUCGUCAUGGAGGUGGAGCCGGUUAUCCAAAUCAACAGCAUACACAUGAAGGAGGCUGACUCUGCAGGAGGUAGGAUAAGGCUCACCACCUCCCUGGACACCGACAAUCCUCUGUCCCUGAAGCUGAACAAAUUCAACCCGAAAUUCGUAGUCACCAGGAUGCCUGCCACUGGGCAGAUCAGAAAGAUAAUCCGGAGCACGGGAUUGGCGGUCGAUGGCCCCAACGAGCGGUCCACCAACAUAUUCUCCUACAAGGAGCUGCGCAGUGGAGUGGUCUACUUUGUGCCCCACAAGUCCCCAGAAGACACGGAGGAGGAUGUCGAUAGUUUCGAUUACCAGCUUCUCAUAAAAACCGUUCAGCCCGCCCAGGCCACUGUCUCCAUUGAGUACAGAAGCCGCUCGGAGGAAACGGAGACGGUUCACUUGGGCAACGCCGGGCUCUCCAUCAACUAUCUGGCCAUCGGCUGCGCCUUUGCGAUUCUGCUGAUUUUCCUUCUUAUAGUCCUGCUCGUUUUGAAGUUUAGGAAGUUGCGGAAGCACAAGGCGGACAUUUCCAAGGAUCAGCCGCCGGCACUGCCCUGCCCGCCGGACUUGACUUCGGUGAGUCCCCAGCACCAUAUGCACCACCACCACCACAGCCACCACUACGCCAGCUCCGAGGCAGACUCUGUACCACCCACCGGAAACUCCACACCCCUCCCCGGGUUCAGCAACAUCCCGCACUGCAAGAUCAUACCCGUGGAGUCGUACAAGCACGAGUUCCCCGACUACGACCCGGACGAGGAGGAGACGGACGACCAGUGCGAUCCGCAGCAGAUGAUGCUGCCCCAGAGGUACAAUCCGUACCUCAUGGAGCACGACGCCUGGAGCUCCUCCUGCGACAUGGCGAACGACUUUGCUGGCUACGCCUCCGUGCCGCAGAGUAUUUCGGGAUCUGUCAGCUCGCCGCCCUCGGCCCCGCCCACCAAUCCUCUGCUGCGGCGGAAUCAGUAUUGGGUGUAAGGGAUCAAAGAACUUUCUAAUUUUAAAUCUGACAAAAGUUAUGGGAGUUCCUCCGUUAAAUUGAAAAGCUAAAGUGGUUCAAAUUGGAUCGGAAUUAGUCUUAGCUUAUUUAUUUAAGUUUAAGCUUAUGUUUAAGGCUGAUUUAUGAGAUUCGUAAGAUUAAGGAAGCAUUUUAAAAACAAAUCUUAUAAAACAUAUCUGGCGUGUCAUAUAGAAACGAUUUACAUCUUAGGAUAAAUACAGGAGUUAUACUCAAAAAGCCAACUUAACUUAGACUUAGUAUUGUGUUUGCCAACGUGGAAUACUUAUUAAAAUAAAUGACAAUAUAUUUAAGUACAAA